UAUUCUAUAUAUAUAUGUAUUUAUAUAUACAUAUGUCAGUAUAGCCACACUUUACAUUACAUCUCCAUAAAUUUUAUAUCAAACAAAACCCUAGCUGUGGGAAGCAAGGAGGGCAUGGAGCCAACUGGGAGAGUAACUCUUCUCUAUAGUGAAGCCCUCUAUCAUUACUUGCUGGAGACGAGCGUGUACCCGCGAGAGCACGAGUGCCUGAAGGAGCUUCGCGAGAUCACCAGCGAACACCCAUGGAAGGUCAUGUCGACCACCCCGGACGAGGGGCAGUUCUUAGCCAUGCUAGUGAAGCUGAUUGGCGCGAAGAAUACGUUGGAGAUCGGAGUGUACACUGGCUACUCGCUCCUCGCCACCGCCCUCGCCCUACCCGAUGACGGCAAGAUACUGGCGAUAGAUAUAAAGCGGGACUACUACGAGAUGGGCCUGCCGGCGAUUGAGAAGGCCGGAGUGGCGCACAAGAUCGACUUCCGCGAGGGCCGGGCUUUGCCCAUGCUUGAUCAGCUGGUGGCAGAUGAGAAGGCGCACGGUUCGUUCGACUUCAUCUUCAUCGACGCGGACAAGGACAACUACCUCAACUACCAUGAGAGGGCGCUGAAGCUGGUGAGGCCCGGCGGCGUGAUCGGCUACGACAACACGCUGUGGAAGGGGGCUGUGGCGAUGCCGGAGGACGCGCCGAUGGAGAAGCCGCUGCGCCACUACCGCGGCUACGUGCGGGAGCUCAACGCGGCGCUCGCCGCCGAUCCCCGUGUCGAGAUCUGCCACCUCACGAUCAACGACGGCCUCACUCUCUGUCGCAGGAUCGAAUAAAACGAUAACGGAGUUUCAGUCUGGUGCUCGCCAUUUCGUCUUAUACGUCAAUCAUUCAGUGUACUAGGGCUUUGUGAAGAGUUUGGAUCGACAGUAAAAGAUAGGAUGGAGGGCAGAUAGAUGUACGAUGCGACCGGCGAACAAGCAUGCUUUAAGAGUUAAGAAUCAAACUCAAAACUGUGAUAAAAAAUUGCAAUAGUGGUGCAAUGUGACUUGUUUGAGAACACAUUCAUUUUCACAAA